AUGAUGGACUGCCUAUGUUUUUCGCACGAUUUUAAUAAAACUGAAUUUGUUAUAUGGCAGAUAAAGGAGUUUGGAGUUCAACAGUCUUGGACUCAGUUAUUCAGAAUUGAAUACUCGAAUCUUCAAAUCAAUAACCCUCCAAUGGAAGAUGACUUGAUUUAUCUUGGAUACAUGAAAUGUUAUGUUCCAUUGUUGCCAUUGUACAUUUCUAAGGAUGGAGAUACAUUGAUAUUAGCACAUGAUGAAAUUGACAACGCAGUUAUCUAUAAUCAGAGGGAUAGGAGAGUAAAGAGAAGUAUAAAUUCCAAUGAAAUAUGCUGGUUUUCGGCCUUUGAUUAUGUUGAAAGCUUGGUGUCAACCCAUUGGAAAUCUGGAGUUGGAGAUGGACAUGAAGAUGAAAAUGAAGACGAAGAGAAUUUGUAA